AUGGCUGCUGAAGGAAGAAGAAUCAGACAGCUCGCAGCCCUCCUCUGUUUUUCCACCUUACUCUGUUUUCACCUCCAAACUUCCGAAGCCAAAGUCCGUCACUACAAGUGGGAAGUGAAGUACGAGUUCAAAUCCCCCGAUUGCUACCGAAAGCUCGUCAUCACCAUCAACGGCGGCACCCCGGGACCCACCAUCAUCGCCCAGCAGAACGACACCGUCGUCGUCGACGUCAAGAACAACUUGGGCACAGAGAACCUUGCCAUCCACUGGCACGGAAUCCGGCAGAUUGGUUCGCCGUGGGCCGACGGGACCGAAGGCGUCACGCAAUGUCUCGUUCUUCCCGGUGACACUUUCAGAUACACUUUCAUAUACAAGUUCCCGGUGACACUCUGCCACCCAUGUAAAUGGCAGCCAUCAGCCAUCCAAGCACUGACCAUAUGCAUUAGGGACAAAAAUGAAGUGGGAUGA